AUGGACAUAACCAUCCAGCAGCCGUGGUUCAAACGGGCCCUCGGGCCUUUAUUCCCCAGCCGCCUGUUUGACCAGUUUUUUGGAGAGGGUGCCUUCGAGUACGACCUCCUGCCUUUCCUCUCGUCCACCAUCAGUCCUUACUAUCGGCAGUCUCUGUUCCGCACCGUCCUGGAGUCGGGCCUUUCCGAGCUCAUGGCCCAUGUGUGGUUUGUAAUGCACAAAUCACACGCUGGAAAUCCCAAGAACAACCCUGCCAAGGUGCGAUCUGACCGGGACAAGUUUGUCAUCUUCCUGGACGUCAAGCAUUUCUCUCCCGAAGACCUGACGGUGAAGGUGCUGGAUGAGUUUGUGGAAAUUCAUGGCAAGCACAGCGAGAGACAGGAUGACCACGGCUACAUUUCCCGGGAGUUCCACCGCCGGUACCGCCUGCCUUCCAGCGUGGACCAGGCCUCGGUCUCCUGCUCCCUGUCCUCUGAUGGCAUGUUGACCUUCUCUGGCUCCAAGGUCCAGUCCAACGUGGAUUCCAGCCACAGCGACCGAUCCAUCCCCAUCUCCCGGGAGGAAGCGCCCACCUCAACUCCCUCUUAGGCGGAGGCAGCGAGUGAAGCCGACGGGCCGCACCUAUCCCCCCACCCCGUCCUCACUCCCUCAGCUAGCACGUCGGUAUCAGGGGAAUUGCUGGAGAGGGGUGUUGCUUUUCCCUUUUUUCGUUUGGUCUCUGCUUCCUCAGAUGGAAAGAGGGCUGGAGGGGAUUCUGUAGGCACAACCCAAAGAGAUCUGUGAGGCCUGAGCCCCCUUAAAACCAGGGUGAG